AUGCCACUAUUAAAGUGGUACAACCAAUGGCCUGGAGGUAUCCCCUCCUACAUUCGCCGCCACGAACAACCUGUGGACGAUGUUGAAGCCGCCACUCGCGCUUGGAGGCAUUUUGUCCGUGAGCAGUGGACUGAGACUCAGGGCGUCGCUGCGGAUCAACAGAGACGAGCUCUGGUCGAACGAUGGGCAACCGCUGACCAGCAAUUGCGUGAUCGCUAUGGAUGUCAAGCGCCAGAGGAUGAGCCUGGCUUUGAGGACACAGAAAAUGACGCCUGUCUUGUCGGACAUCUGGAUUAUAAACUCAACGAUGUCUACAUCUGUAUCACCGCCUGGACCCCCGAGAAACAAGCUCUACUCGCAAAGUGCAUCGUUGCAUUAUUCAGCUGGGACGGAAGCCAGUCGCAUCUAACACAAGAUAUGUCGAUGUUAUUACCCUUCGAAGCAAACGGUAACACCAACCAAGGAGAUCAGGAUAUUGUCAGCAGGUUCAAGUUCCGCCAAAGCGUUGCGAGACCCAACUUCCUGGAUAUGCACAUGGCGCAGGACGGGAUAGCGCUAUUCACCGAUGACGCUCCAAAGCUGAUAAUCGACGACCGCACUCUUGAUACCGGACUGGCGCUUUGGGUAGAGUUCGCCACAAAUGGCCCCCCGGAGCGAGCUUACCGGAGUCAAAUGCUUAUUGAGGACUUGGCUUACUUGUUUCUCGAGGUGUAUUCAAAUAUGGACCCGCUGAGGAACGUACUGGAUCAGAUGGGCGACGACGAGGAGCAUGAGGAUCCGGAUGUGGUUCUGGAGGAUCAGCCGGUAGAUAUGCGACGUCCGUUCACGGAGGUGUAUAUUGUGGGGACGUAUGACGGGGAGAACGGGCAUGAACAGAAGAAAGAGGAGCUAUAUCGCCAACUUGAUCGAUAUGUGCCAGGGUUUCGAGAAGCUGAGGAUCAAGGUAACGGUCUGGCGAUUGGGUAUGCUUUGGAGCGAAUUCUUGCGGAUGAGGGAGGUCCGCUGAGGAUUAUGGACGCUGCGGAAGACUACGAGAGGAAUCUAGAGGUAUCAUAG